CCUCCGCAUCGCCCUCCGCGGCCAUGAGCGGCUGGAACAGCUACAUCGACAACCUGAUGGCGGACGACACCUGCCAGGACGCGGCCAUCGUGGGCUACAAGGACGUGCCGUCCGUCUGGGCCGCCGCCCCGGGGAAGACCUUCGCCAACAUCACGCCGGCGGAAGUGAACAUUCUGGUGGGCAAGGACCGGAGCAACCUGUUUGUCAACGGCCUGACUCUGGGCGGGCAGAAGUGCUCUGUCAUCCGGGACAGCCUGCACACGGACGGCGAAUGCACCAUGGACCUCAGGACCAAAAGCACUGGCGGGGCCCCCACCUUCAACAUCACAGCCGCCAUGACGGCCAAGACGAUAGUUCUGGUUAUGGGCAAGGAAGGCGUCCACGGAGGCUGCGUCAACAAGAAGUGCUUUGAGAUGGCCAACCACUUGCGGAGGUCGCAAUAUUGAGGCCCCCCCCUUGCCCCCGCCUGCGGUACUACUGAGGGACCGGGGGGGGAGACGAUGCCCACGGGGGCUGCCACCGCCCGGGACCCCCAGCCCAGCCCCGGCCUGACCAGCGUGGGACACCCCCACCCCCCCGGCGCCGGACCGCCACUCUCCUCCUCCUCUCCUUCCUC